UCCGGUGUGACACCCGGGUCAGUUCUCUUCCAUGCUACAGAAGCGGAGGCGCGACCUCGCGUUGAUUGAAAAAUUACAACAAAAUUAAUUUAAUCCACCAAUAUCAUGUUCAAACUGGAAGGACUCGGUCCUAAAAUGGACCCAGAGGAGAUGAAGAAGAAAAUGCGACAAGAUGUCAUCUCGUCUUUACGAAACUUCCUUAUUUACGUCGCCCUCCUCCGAGCCACUCCGUAUGUCCUGAAGAAGCUGGACAGUAUAUGAGAAGAUCCUGAGGAUCUCCCCUGUGUCAGAGGGCGGUGUGGAGCACCACCAUGAUCAUCAGCAGCAGAUUGCUGGAGCCUUCCAAGCAGAGGAUGACCAACAUCUGUCCAUCUUUACUAUUUACAUAACAUGCACUUCUGUUAUGUACCUCGUUAGCCUACUUAUGUUGUGUCAAACACAGCUUGUGAUCGUAUGAAUGGCCAUUAUGAAAGUUACUGAAUGGCAGCUAGUUUAUGGGAUUAAAAAUGUUUAAAUUAUCUGGUGCGAGAUUUGUUCAGUGAUUCUUAUGGGGAAGUUUAACUGCGUUCCAGUUUAACUGUAAACCAUAAAAAUAUUCUGCUAUGCAUUUCAUUUCAAAUAUUUUGCCUGUAAAUUGAAAUAAAAUGGUGAUCCAACUGAUUGAAACCUGUAAAUAAUGCAACUGGAAACACAGUCUUGGGCCAUAACAUGAAUGCACAAUGCAAUGAAAUUUAACUUUUUUAACAAUAACAAUGCUAACUUUUGAUUACCACUGUCAGAAAGGCACAGUAACAGGGUUAAACGUUUCCCGGUCGUAAUGGAAACGUGAUGUACUACAGCUCUGCACAAACACUUAUGUAAUCAAACCUGGACAUUGUUAUUAUAAAAGGUAACUAUUGAUUGUGAA